AUGUUGUGGCCCAAGGUAGUUUGCUUCGCUUUGCUCGGUCUGGUCUUUGGCCAGCUCCAUCAGGCUGUCAGCACGCAAACCGUGUCCGAGUGUCCCACCAACUUUAGCCGGGUGGCGGACAAGUGCCUUCUGGCGGACAAGAGCUGGAAGAACUGGUACGAGUCGGAUCGCCACUGUCGGUCUUUGAACGCCGAACUUCUGAGCAUUAAGAACCAGACGGAGCUAAAGGCUAUCCAGGAGUGGCUGCCCGUGGCAGAGCCCUACCAGCUGGAGUUCUGGACAGCUGGUAAUAAGCUUGGAGAAGUGAAGACCUUGAUCGAUUACUACUGGCAAAGCACCGGGGAGCAGGCCUUGUAUCUGCCCUGGAACCAGGAUCAACCCAUUCCCUCUAGCGGCGACUGUCUCACUUUGUUUGCCAACUACAGCAUGGAAACCGGGGAGUUUGUGAUGGACGUUCACCGCCUGACCGUGAAGAACUGCACCCAGUGGGCGCCACACAUCUGCCAGACGCCGCUGCAGCAUUUCACCACCCAGCUGUGCCUCAAUCCUAGCGCUGUCUACGAGGCCAAAGUACCAGUUUAGAUUUAUAACAUUUUUAAGAGGACAAAAACUUUUCAUAAAAUAUUUUUAAAAUGUCGGAAAUUUAUAUAAAACCAUAAAAAAGCAGGUAAAAUAAUAAAUGCAAAACAUAUAGUAAUUUUUUAAAUUGAAGAGUUCUAUCAUCAUAAUGUCAUAAGAACGAAAUACCUUUAUUAAGCUACUAUUAUAUUACUUAAGUGAUCAAAUGUAUAUUUUCUGUUUGUUUAUCUAAUGCAAAGUAUUUACAGCUUUUGAGGCAGGCAUAAAUAUAUAAACAUUUCAUAGAAAAGGUCAAUAACG